AAGCCUGGCCUGCAGCGACGAGGCUGCGUUUUCUCAGCGGCUUCCUUCGCCAGCGGGGGAAAUCGCAGCCUUUGAAGAUCCUUUAGCUCUUAGCUUGAAGACCUUCCUUGAGCAUCCUUCCCCGAGUAGCCCCACCCCUUCCGUUACUGAUGGUGUGACUCCAGUGGUCUCCAACAGAAUUGACAUUCAAAAGUGCACUUUGGCAUCCCUGUUGAUAAAUGGAAGAGAAGACCAAUUAGGCUGCUGUUACACCAUUUUAAGCAGGAGGUAAAAAAGGCCUGAAUUAGUGCAAGACAGAGGCGGUGGAGAAGAUGUGGUCGACUGUUAGGAGCUGGAGGAGGAAACAGGAGAAACUUCUUAAUUCUCAACGUAGUCUCAUAGCCAUGAUGAAGAAAGCUAUGCAUUUACAGGACAUGGAAGUGAAGAAUGCUACAAAGUGGAAGGAGACGAUAAAGAAUCAGCGAAUGAGAAUCAGCACGGAGUUCUCAAAGCUGCACCACUUCCUGGCUGAAGAAGAGCUACUGAUUCUUCAGAGACUGAGCAAAGAAGACGAAGAUACAAAGAAGAAACUGAGUGUGAACAUGCUAAGGCUCAAUCAGACAAUCACUUCCUUGAAGAAGCUCAUCUCAGAGGUGGGGGAGAAGAGCUUGGCCUCCACACUGGAGUUGCUUCAGAAUCCAAAAGAUGUGUUGACCAGGAGUGAUACCCAGGAUCUGAACUAUUCCCCUGAAGUUCUAAGGGUGAAGACACCAUGCCAGAUUCCACUGAUGAAAGAAAUGUUGAAGCGAUUCCAAGUGGCUGUAAGCCUAGCUGAAGACACAGCUCAUCCCAAACUUGUCUUCUCUCAGGAAGGAAGAUGUGUGAAAAAUGCAGCAUCAGCCAGUACUUGGCCAGUAUUUUCUACAGCAUGGAACUACUUUGCUGGAUGGAGAAAUUCUCAGACAAGCACACAGUUUGCAGAGAAAUUUCAAUACUUACCCUGCGUUCUGGGAAAAAACGUUUUUACUUCAGGGAAACAUUAUUGGGAGGUUGAGACUAGAGAUGGCCUGGAGAUUGCCAUGGGGGUGUGUCGGGAGGAUGUCAUGGGGAUUACUGAUAGGUCAAGAAUGUCCCCCAAUGUGGGAAUCUGGGCUAUUUAUUGCAGUUCAGGUGGCUAUCGGCCCCUAACAAGCCUCUCUGGAAUUCCUACCAAGCAAGAGCCAGCUCUUCAGCGGGUGGGAGUUUACCUAGAUCAUGGGGCAGGUAAUGUCUCCUUCUACAGUGUAGUGGAUGGAGUACACUUACAUACUUUUUCUUUUUCUUUGGUCUCACGCGUCCGCCCGUUCUUUUGGUUGAGUCCAUUAGCAUCUUUAGUCAUCUUACCAGUGACUGAUAAGAAAUGAGGCUAUUCUUCUGCUCAGAAUCCCUUCCCUGAAUGCCAGCUCAGGACCAUACAUCCCCUGGUCCUCUUCUUUCACUUCAUGGGUCUCUGUCCUGGGUCUCCCUGAUUGAACUGUUUUUUGUUCACCUUUCAUGUGCUUCAGAAGAGGCAGUUCCAUGGGGGCAAUUUUGACCAAUAGAAACGGGACAGGAAAUUUUCAAAGGUGCUUCUGGGGAAUAUUUUUGUAGCUUUUAAAUAAGAUUUUUGGAAAGACAUAGCCCCACUUUUGAUGUUAGCAGCUGUACUGGAACCAAGGAGAACACAGGAACAGUGGAAAGGUAGAAGAAACAGUCUUUGAUGCAAUCGUUAAACUUUUGAAAUUUCCUAAUUUUAAGCUUAUUAUAUGAGAUACUCCCUUAUUGUAUAAAACAAUUUUAAUUGCAUUUGGUUACUUGUAGCCUGACAUACUCUGAUACCAAAGUGUGAACAUCCUACAGUAUCUCAGUGUGAAACAUCUUACAGUAUCUCAGUUUUGUGAAAUUUGAGAAAAGCAUAGAAUUUUUUUCUCUUAUUUCCUGCAAGCACUGAUUCUCCUGCUUUUCUGGCUCAGAAAAUUGAGGAAGUUUCCCCUCGCUGUGCCUACACUGCUCUUCCCUUCUUCCAGACCAUGUCUCUGCCCUCAACUGUUUACUGUGCUGUACAUGUGUCAAGUUCAUAUAUCACUUGUACAGGGUUAUUAAUGUCAUGAGGAUAUUGAGAAACGGUUAAGUAUUUACAUAGCCUGUUCAUAUAAUGCUAUUGCACAUGACUUUCCACAGCUCAGUGAAAUGGAAAUUAAAAUCUUAUUAUUAAAAGGAGAAAACUGAACUGUGUAGCUUAGUAUUGUGUAGCUGGCAAAUGGGAGUGUUGGGAUUAAAAUCCAGAUUUGUCUAAAGUGAAAGCCCACAUUCUUUUCUACUCUAUUUUUAUUUGAAAGCAUUUAUGAAAUGCUAAGUGUGGGUGGCCUCAUCUUUGUUUCAGGUUGUUAUUUUGUUAUUAAUAUAUGCUUUAAUCCUGCGUAUGUUCCCUUCAGCUGUAGAUUGUAUGUAUUCAGAGGACUGUGAUAAUUACUGGAUAGUUAUUUUUAAAAUAGUGAUUGUUUCUCUCUGGCUGUAAAAGUCAUGUGUACUUAGUGUAGAAAAUUUGGAAUAUACAAAAAGUAUAAAUUAAAGUUAUCCAUAAUCCCACCACUACUAACAUUUUGAUGUAUUUUCUUCUAGACUUUCAAUAAAGACUUUCUGGCAGUCACUUAAUGAAGAUUCUCAUAAAACUUCCAGUACCUUCCCUAACACUUCCUAUGUCUCAGCCCAUCCUGACUUAUCUUCCUAUUCAGCUUGAGCAGCUCCAGCAUUCAGUAAGUUCUCCUGAGUUCUCAGCUUCCCAUGAUACUUGAUGUUAUGGGUUGAAUUGUGUUUCCCAAAAAGACAUAUUGAAGUCCUACCUGUGAAUGUGACUGUAUUUGGAAAUAGGAUCUUUGCAGAUGUAAUCAAGUUAAGAAGAGAUCAUUUGAGUGGGCCCUAUUCCAGUAUGAAUGGUAGCCUUAUAAGAAGAGGGAAGAAUCUAUACAUGUACACACACACACACACACACACACACACACACACACACACACACACACACACACGAAAAUGGCAGAUGAAAACAGGGAAGGUGGCUGUGGGAGACAGAGGCAGAGAUUGGAGUGAUGCUGCUACAAACCAAGGAACAUCUGGGGUUACCAGAAGCUGGUAAAGGCCAGGGAGAAUCCUUUCCUAGAAACUUGGAAGGGAGCAUGGCCGCACCAACACCUUGAUUUCUGGCUUCUAGCCUUCAAAACUGAGGAUGGACAAUACAUUUUAAUGUUUUAAGUCACAUGAAAACAUUUGUUGUGACAGCUCUAGGAAAUGAAUAAUACGUACCCAUCAGGACUUCUCCAGCACCUGUCUUACUAGUUUCUAGUCCUUUGGAAUUAUCAGUACCUUUCCUCCACGCUUCCUUCUGGGCUGUUUAACGAUUGAUUGAUUCUACUGUAAAUUCUUGCUCUCUGACUUCAGGUGGUCUCUUUGAACCACGUAAUAAACUCUUACUUUUUAUUCCUCGACUUCCCUUCGCAUUUUUGGUGGAAACAGUCCCAAAUCUUUUCCUCUGAAGCCUUCCUGAGUCCCCUUUAUACUCCCUUGCAAAGUACCUGCAUCUUCAACUGAGAACAAUUUUUUUUCCUUACUCAUCUUACUUUAUUCUUUGGGUUUUUGAGUCUUGAUAUUGUCCCCUCUGGUCUCAUUAGGUAUGGGAUGGGACCUAGUUGUAUUUUUUUAAAAAGCAAAAAAAAACCAAACAAAAAAACCCAACAAGCCUACAAACUUACUAUGCUUUUUGAUGUACAAACAGGAUUGAGAAUAAACUGUCAGUUGUAAACUAAAGAUAAAAUCCUAAGGCCCACAGACGACUGAACAGAUUCUCUCUGGGCCAAGGGGACUCCAGAGAAACCUGAGAAACUGAGUUCCUUGCCACUACAGGUUAAAGCUUAGAUAUACCCCCUCCCUUUUGGGAUUUAGACACAACUGACCAGCAUUCAUGUUAAAUAAAGAGGCCAUGACUAACAAAACGGACUCUGUGACAAUGAAAUGCCAAAUUGUAAACAGGACCUAAGGCCAUGCCAGACAAGGCUUAAGUCACACCCCUAUAGGUCACUCUGACCCAGUGUAUUGGUUAACAGACUUCCUCAUCUUAAACAUUCCUUUCUGCUGACUCCAGAUUUUUAGAUAAAGCUUUACUUAUUAAACCAAUUACAAAUUAAAGAAUCUCUGAACUCACCUAUAGUCUGUAAAUGUCUCUGCUUCAAGGUAUCCUGUGUUUUGGGGUCAAGCCAAUGUAUAGUCUUCAUAUAUUGUUAUAUGACUUUGCCUGUAACUUCUACUUCCCUAAAAUGUAUGGAACAGUUGUGACCUGGCUGCCUCAGGACCACUUACUCAAGGCUUCUUGGGUUUGGGUUUUUUUCUCCCAGGGCUGUUGUCACUCAUAUUGGUUUAGAAUAAAUCUCUUUAAAAUGUU